CUUCCGUGUCUUCCGGUCAAAACAAUGGUUCGAGGAAAUUUUAGAAGGAAAAGUUUAGACAGACAAGCUAUUGUAAAAACAUGUCCCAUUUGUGAAAAACAGAUUCCUGUGGCAUGUAAAACAUGUGGUUGUGGUCAUAAGUUCAUAACUAAAAGCAGAGCAAACUCAACACCAAGUGUCAAAACUGAAGAUGAAGAUAGUAGUAGUGUAAAGAUCAGAAGAACAGAGAGAACAAGAAGAGAAAGACCAGAUUAUUUCAAUCCCCUUUUACUAGAAAAUUCUGUUAAAAGACCUAGGAAGAAGUCACAGCCUUCAACUACUACACCAGUGAAGACAGAAGAACAACCCCCUUCUGAUGAACCCCCUAAAAAGAAACGUGGACGACCCAAAGGUGCCCCAAAUAAACCAAGAAGUCAAUUAUUAGAUACAAAUAAAUUGAUAAAAGAAGAAUCAGAAGAUGAAGAGGAUAAAAUUGAAAAUGAAGAAGAAGAGGAGAUAGAUAUGUAUGCAGAUAUGCCACAGGAAAGAUUAAAACAAUUCAGCUUUAUAUUGGGUGAUCUAAACAGAAAGUUUCUUGGUCAAGGGACACAACCAAGAUGAAAUCAAUUAUUAUAGAGUUAGAAGAACCACUACCUGAAAAGACUGAGCUAUUCAUGCAGGACAUGAAAAUUAAGGAUUGUAAAGAUAUUUACAUGGUUUGGAAAGUUUUGCCUUAAAAAUGCAGAAAAAAUAUGUUGUACAUCAGUAGUUUUCCAAGAAUAUAUAAAAAUCCAAUAUGUAAA